AUGUGCGCGUACCGGGCCCCGACAGUGAAGGAGAUCGCGGCCCAGAUGGGUUCGUUCGAGAUCCUACAGCACGUGGGUGCGGGCAGCUGCGGCAGGGCGUACCUCGCGAAGGAGUCCGCGGGACCCUGCGCGGGAGCGAAGUGGAUCCUCAAGGAGGUCACCCUUCCGUCAGACAGGGACGUGCGGCACAAGGUGUAUCGCGAGGCGCAGGUGCAGAGCAAGCUGCACCACCCGUACAUCUGCUGGCUGCGCAACGUCCGCGUGGAGAAGAUGUCGUCCUGCAUGCUGCUGUGCACCAACUUCUGCAAGGGCGGGGACCUCAAGGACUUCCUCGAGAAGCUCAGGGAAGCUGGGGUGUAUCUCCAGGAGCCGAUCGUCCUCACCAUCAUGGCGCAGCUGCUCCUGGCCGUCGACCACGCGCACAGCAAGGGCAUCGUCCACCGCGACAUCAAGACGGAGAAUGUGUACAUCGACGACGACGUCUCCAGGGGCGCGAUCCAGCGCGUCAUGCUCGGGGACUUCGGAGUGAGCCGCACCAUCGAACAGACGGGGCAGCUGUCCGUUGUGGGUACCCCGCUCACCAUGGCACCGGAGGUGAUGCACGGCGAGAUCUACGGCAAGAGCUGCGACAUCUGGUCGCUCGGCUGUCUGCUGGUUGAGCUGUGCAACCGCAAGCCAGCGUUUGCAGCCAACAGCAUGGAGGAGUUGUCGAUGCUGGUCCAGCUGGGCGAGUUCACCCCUCUUGACAAGCGGUACUCGCGCUCGCUGGGCCUGCUCGCCAAGGCCAUGCUGUCCGUGCAGCCCGAGAGGCGGCCGACGGCCAACCAGCUCCUGCAGACGCCGGUCCUGGCCGAGUACACCAUCAUGGCGCUGCAGAACAGCAAGCUGCCCAUCGACUCGGACUACGCAAGCAUCGUCGAGAGAGUCGCGCUCAAGGGGACGGGGCCGGCGCAGGAGCUGCACGAGCUGGACGUCGCGGUGGAGCAGUCCCUGAAGGAGCAGAUGGACCGGUUCGCCCCAACGAUGAAGGCCAAGCUCAGGGCCGCGGCGGACAGCAAGGCGGCCGGCGUCGAGAAGAGCAGGCUCGGGCCCACGGUCGGGUACACGAGCGUCGACGCGGCACCGAGCUCCCAGGUGCGGGCGUGA